AUGUACAACGCCCCGAGCAGAUCGAAUAACGACUCAAGAAAAACGUACAACGCCCCGAGCAGAUCGUAUAACGACUCAAGAAGAACGUACAACGCCCCGAGCAGAACGUUCAACGACCCGAAAAGAACGUACAACGACCCGAGCACACCGUACAACGGCCCCGGUAGACCGUACAACGACCCGAGCAGAACGUACAACGACCCCAUCAUAUCGUACAACGGCCCGAGCAGAUCGAACAACGAUCAGAGCAGAUCGUAUAACGCACCGAGCAGAACGUACAACGCUCCUUGCAGAACGUACAACGCCCCGAGCAGAUCGUACAACGACCCAAGCAGAUCGUACAUCGACUCAAACAGAACGUACAUCGCCCCUUGCAGAACGCAAAACGAUCCGAGCAGAUUGUACAACGACCCGAACAGAACGUACAACGCCCCGAGCAGAACGUACAACGACCCGAACAGAACGUACAACGACCCGAGCAGAACGCACCUACGAUCCGAGCAGAACGUACAACGCCUCGAGCAGAUUGUACAACGACCCGAACAGAACGUAAAACGACCCGAACAGAACGUACAACGCCCCGAGCAGAUUGUACAACGACCCGAACAGAACGAACACCGCCCGAGCAGAACGUACAACGCCCCGAGCAAAACGUACACCGACCCGAACAGAACGUACAACGCCCCGAACAGAUUGUACAACGACCCGAACAGAACGAACACCGCCCGAGCAGAACGUACAACGCCCCGAGCAAAACGUACACCGACCCGAACAGAACGUACAACGCAUUGA